CUCUUGAGCGUCAAUUCAGCCAAGGGCCUCAUUACAUCUUUAAGCUUAACGCAAGCUGAUUCUGAAGAUCCUCUUGGAUUGCUUCUAGGAACUAUGCCUGCUAUUUUGCAUUAGUUUUACAACCCUCCUUUUUGGUCAAGCGACAAGACCAGAUGACCAUCAACAUUCGCUAUAUGAAUCUCUAGCAACGGCCACAAAUUGGGCAGCCUAUGCUUCAACAGAACUUUCAUCCUUGCUGUAUUAUUUCAAAAUUCAACUAUCGGCUUUAAUCCUGCUCCAAGAAAGAAAAUGUCGCUAUUCCUUGGCGAAGCGCGGCAUCGACCGCGAGGGCUAGCCCACAAGAUCGAGGAGCCCUUGCAACCAUGGACCACAGCAAGAUGCCAGAGGCUGCUACGGCCUUUGGUCUCGAGAAUCACUUCUCUAAAGCGAGAUUCACCAAUAGCCGGGCAGCCGGUGGCAUCAACAGCAAGAUCAGCCUCGGAUUCAGCCGCGGUUUCGCUUCCCCGGAGAAAUCGGCAGCGUGAGGAGGUCGAUUCAGAAUCAGGGUGGCUCAUGCCUAGAAAGAAACGCCCUCGUCUAACAUACUCCCAACGUCGCAGUUCACAACCUCACCCAUCGCAGCCUCUGGGGUUUGACCAAAGUCACUUGAGACAAGGCAAUCAGGAUGAGACUUCAAGUCUAGCAAUCGGGACAAAACCAGGAGUAAGAAAGGCCUUCAAGUGCGUACAGCCAGAGAGGCAGCAGAAAACAGCGGCUCCUGGCGAGGUAGUGCCGUCCACCCCAAUAUUGCGUCGUGCUAGAGGAAAGAUCGCACGCUCACCUGUUGCUCCAUUGCAUGAACAUGAGCUGGGCGCGAAUCAGGGCGAGCAUGGCCGUGAACGUCGCACGAGAAUCAGUUCCAGCGCUCAAAAGCGCAUGGACGAACGAUUAGCCAACUUACGCACCCGCUUCUGCUCUCAAUAUGCGGAUUUAGAGGCGAUAUAUCGAAGCCUAGAAGCACUCUUGAAAGCGACGAUGACAAGCGCUUUGGGUGAUACCAGCGUCAGGAAUGGUCCCCGUUCCCUCUUGGAUAUGUGCCUCCGAAAAGUGCCCGAGUACAUUAGAGAACUAGACGUAUGGGAGAGACUAGACGCCGAACAGACUGGGAAGAUUUCUACAUUGGAUGAUAUCAAUACUUCAGCAGAUAUUUAUAACGAGCUUGAAUCUCUAGGGACGAAUGUGGGGUGGAAGCAUUUGAGAGUAGUUGUUAAAGCCGAUGGGUUGAGCGCAGUCAAAUGUGCAAUCGAAGAGGGCAUUUUCAAUGAUGAAUUCUCACAGCUCCUCAUUGAUCUAUGUGUCCAGAUGGGGGCAGCUUCAGAAGCUGAAGAUCUCAUGGCCGCACUGGUCGAUCGCCAAUAUCCCCAGCCGAUAUCCACAGAAAGUCGCUUUACCCAAAUCUCGGCCUUGCAACCACUAGUAAUGCUCAAUGCUUUUGCUAGUCAGACGCAGCGAACUUCGUUUCUCUUUCAGCAAUAUUCAACCCUGCUAUCAAGCGAUAAAUUACCAGUGGAAUGGUUGGCCACGUUAGAAUUCGAUAGUGUAUGGAGCUUAGCUAUGCAAACACUAGCUGAUGGUCAAUCCAGUUGCGAUGCGAUAAGCUUUGUGACAGAGUCUAUUCUACUAUUGGGCUACAAGAAACGCAAAAUGCCUAGGAACUUUGAUAGAAUCCAGCUUGAGCAUGAUACGGCGAAGGCGAAUCAUCGGACGCUAAUGAGUGUCACUAGUAUUCUAGCCUCCAUGAGCCUACUUGCAGAAACCGGGAUCGUCCCGCCUGGGCUUUCAGAUUCAGACACUCGGCGGAUUAGAGGCAUCGACAACAGGUUCAAAUAUGCUUUAAGACUGUGUAUUAACGGGCUCGAAAGUCAUAUGCGCGACCGAAACACCCAACGAUUGGAAACCUUAUACUUGGCACUAUUCCUUUCGUCUUCACACAAUCGGGACGAGAAAAUCGAUAGUCAUGUGAGAGGAAAUAUGAAUAAGCUCUCGCUGUCUAGUGCGACCUCUGUAACUACUAAAGACAUCUAUAUGCAUAAUCGUUACGACAACAUUGCUCAGCUCAUAGCAUCAAUUGCAAGGGCUUGCGGUCGAGCGACGUCGGUGGCAUCUCAUCAGUGUCUCCAUGGGCUCUUUGGACGACUUGAAUCUUUGAAACUUGCCCCGAACCUGUUGGAUAAGCUGAAGGCAGCUACAGCAUUCUUGGUAGCCCAGCAGACAAACAAUGUCAAGGAUCUCAUCUAUGCUGAAAGUCUCUACCCAUAUACUCAGCCAAGUCCCAGUGGCAGGGGCCAGCAUCAGAGCGGCAGUGCACUUUUCACGGGAUACCGCUGGGAAGAGACCAUCGGUGAAUGGGUGACGGUCAGCCCGGUCAUGAAUAAACGGCGACCUACUAUCAUGAAAUCAUGUUCACGAUCAUCAAAUCCGGCCACGGGCAUGGAGAGAUCUUCUAUUCGCUCCAGCAAUCCCACUAGUCACGCCACAGAUAAACUACCAGACACGGAAACAAGCCCAAAGCAAGGGACAUAUGGCAGCAAAUGUGAUACAAGCGAGCGCACUCGGCCUAUAUGUGACGAACAAAGCAUAAUCAUGACGAGGAAACGCCCACGUCACAUUCGAAGUGCUGAAACUCUACCAACAAGGCGGGUAUCCGAGGUGCUGCUACCACAACAAAGUCAUGCAUUCUCAGCUUCGCCAAAGACCCUAGGAAGCGAGAUCGAUUCCGAAAAGGAGAAUCGGGUCCGGUUGCUAGCCAAGAAGCCACGCCGUAGUUCGGGAAGAAUGGUAUUGGGCGCCCGUUCAGCAUCCCGCCAUUCAAUUGGGCGGCGGGAUGCCUACAGCGAUGACGAGCUUUGUACCUGAAUUGCGGCUGGAGCUUACGAAUGCGCUCGCGUAAGAUUGGAUAGGCGAACCGGGUUGUAAAACCGCCUAGGCGUGUCAACGCGAAAUGCCCGCCCGUUAACAGCCAUCAAUGCACCAAUGCGGUAUCACCAUCGGGUAGGACUUAAAUGGGGUCUGCGGGUGGCACCAGAGGAACAAUUGAGCAUUGUGUCGCCUGAUAUUGUGUAUCGGAUGGCACUACUGUAUAGAUAGAUAUGUUAAGGAUACCCUGUGUACACGUAAUGCGAAUUGACAUAGGAUGGCAUUUUUUUCAAGAAAAACCCCUCGGAGUGCUCAUAAUAAUGCAAGUAGAAAGAAAUCCAAAACGGAAAAACUCAAGA